GAUAUGAGUUUGUUCGUCAAAUACGAAGUCAUAUCAACACAGUAUUACUACCUGUGGUGGCAGACGAGAUUGAGAAACGAGCAGUGAGUGGAGUUGACUGUCACAAUGCUAUCCCUCUGAUUAUUGAAGAAUUACUAGCUUCACAAGAGUAAGCGUAAAAAAAGAUUUCCCAUAAAGAACUUAUUAAAUUAUUAAAAUUAGUAAAAUUGAAAAUUUGGUUACAAAAUGUUGUAAAAUGAAAAUAUAGCCUUGCGAAGUUUGCAUAUUUUGCAUAUUAUUUUUGUAUUACGUACGGAAAUUGUUACCAUUUUUGAGCCGAAUGGUAACAAUUUCCGCACGUAUUACGAACAUACCUAUACAAUAUUUGCAAACUUUACAAGGCUAUAUUUUCCAAGCUUCAUAAUUAUAUCAUUUUGCAACCAAAUUUUGCAAUUUUAUUAAUUUCAUUAUGUUCUUUUUAGCUGUGGUGUUUGAUUCCCUUCUCUUUACUUAGAUUAAAAUUUAGUCUAACGCCAAAUUGUCGAUUGGCAUUGCCUAAUGCCUAUAGUAUAUUUAUUUUAGCAUAUACUUUGGAGGUGGACAUUUUCAAAUACAUGAUGGUUUGAUGGACGCAAUUUGAGUUUUUAUUCAGCUGCGGAUAUCCUUGCACUAUUGACCUCCGGACAAAAACAAAAUGACUUCCCGUUUCGUUCAGGUUACAGACCAGCAAUUUUUUUUGCUAAACAUGAAGAAAGCCACAAAGUUUUGCCACUAUUUCUAAUGAAAUAAAAUGAUAAAAUUACCGAAAGCGUGUAAAUACACUUGUUUUGUUUACAACUAUUACGGCCGGUGCUGAGAUACAAAUUAGCCAUUUCCCAAUCGAGCAGAGGACUGAGUCUAGUUGAUGUUUGGAGGGACAACAAGUUCUAGUGAGCGAGCUAAAUAUAUAUUAAAAGAUGCCUUAUUAUAAUUGUUGCGUUUCAGGCUGCACAAAUAACUUUAGGAAUGUAGGAAAACGUCCUAGAUCCCUCCAAACAAGCGACUAGACCCAGUCCUCUGCUCGAUUGGGAAAUGGCUAAUUGUUUUACAAAAAUUUUCGUUUGUUUUUUUUGGUCAUUUUUGUUUUGUAAUGGUAUAUGCAUGCUAUCCAUGUACUGUUCACCUCCGCGUUGGUGAAUCAUUUUUAAAUGUCUUCAUCUUAAAGUUUGUGAUUUCCUUUUUUGUUUUCACGGUUUAAUUGGUGCAUGUGCUUUCCGCUAGGGGGACAUAUAGUGUAUUUAUGCACUGCAGGUAUACGCCAACCACAUAAUCAGUACAGUUUUGUACUUCUUGUAAGUACGUAAUGCUAUAUGCAGUCCUUGUAUAAUUACUAGCUAGUUUUGCUAGCUAGUAUAAUUACUAGCUAGCUAGUAUAAUUACUAGUAAUAAUUACUUGCUAAUUACUAGCUAGUAUAAUUACUAGCUAGUAUAAUUACUAGCUAGCUUUUGCCUCUGCAAAAUAAUUGCCGACGUCUUCUGCGAAAUUAGCUCCUGUUAGGGUGCUGCUAUAUGUUAUCUGUCUAAAUUCACUCCCAAUUUUAUUUUUUUACGGAUAGAUCUGUUUUUCACGUGGUCAAGAGUUGAUAACGUUACUCUAAUUUUAGAUAUGCUACAUUAUCCCAGUCAAUUUUGGAAAAUAUCAAAUCUACUGUGAAUGAAAUGGUAUGUACAUACUUUGAAAUAAUAAAAAAAUGAUAUAAUAAUAAUUAGGAAUGUUUGGUAUGAGAAUUUUCCGGUGUGUAAAUUUGAUACGGUUUUCCGAUUACCAAAUUAUUGCCCCUGUCAGGUUGUCACAAAAUGUAAAUUAGGCCAAAUCUGCCUUAUGGCUCCGAAAUCAGCGUAACGUAAUUCACUGUUUGGAAGAGCAUAUAUGAAAUUCACAGAUUGUGUCAAAUGUUUUGUGAUUCAGAAUAGGUAUAGCUGUAAAACUAGUCUGCGAUAGCAGACUGAUCUCGGGAGGCCGAGAUGCAAGCCUCAGACUGAUAUAUGGCGUGUGUUUUUUGUGUCUUACUCAAGAUUCAAAGUUUUGAUGAGUCUUCAAAACAGCAAACGUGGACGGAUGGGUACAGCGAAUAUUGCGGGAAAUAUUUCUCGGUCGACGCUAUUGAAGAGGAAUCAUCACUUUCGUCAUCUGGCAAGGUAUGUGUGCAUUACACUGAGCUAUAUAUAAAAUGUGCUCCUGAAUUCGUCAAAAUAUCAACGAAAAUGGUGGAUGCUGAUGCUAGUAAAUGAAACUCACUGCCAAGCUAGCCGAGAGAAAUUCAUGUAUAGAGAGUAUUAAAUAACGGGAUGCGAUAGAUUCAACAAUAUUACGUAUACACCACGUAAGUACGUGGAACGUUCGCUAUCUGUGCACUACUUUUCGCUCGUACCAUAUAACCUUUGGUUUGAAUACAAAGUCCAAGGUAUUCAAAACCGUAAUUAAGUCGGUAUAUGUGUAAGUCUGACUGGCUCUAACAUGUCUUGACAUGAUGAGACUGAGGACUGUUUGAGUCGAUCGUAUAUAGUAUUUGUGUAUGCUCCCCUAGUGAUAGGAUUACCUUACCUCCAUGCAUGUAAACAGGCCCUAAGUCGUAGUUUCAGGUUGCUAAAUGAAUAUCUUUGAGAAAAGUGUACUUUAUGAACUUCAUUUUAAAGACGUACACAUUGAGUUUUAAGCUUAAUUGUACCAACUCAAGUACGCGGUAAUAAUCAAUGGAGUACCAGCCAGCAUUGUACAUUACCUGCCUCGUACCCAGGCGCUUUAAAUAAUUAUAAUACAUGAAGUAUUCAGGAAGGCAUGCGACGCGCGAAGGGGCUGUUGGGAAGGGUGCGUCCUGGGUGCCCUUCUGUCGUCACUACAGUACAUCAUGUAAACUUGGCAUACGCGCAUCGCUGUUUUCUUUUACAAAGAGACGCCUGGGUACGAGGCAGGUACAUUACCCUAAAGUAAGUACAUGUACUCGGUUACUAUGCCAGCUAGUCAGUCGAUGAUUUAGCGAUUUCAAGAUCCAAAAUUUUUUCCAGUAUUUAUUUCCUCUUCAAUGCUAUUUAUUCUUUUAGUGUUUUGAAUAACAUAUAUGGGCUAAUUCUUUUUGUAAUUAAUUUAUUUGCGUUUCAUUCCAUAGAUGAGUUACAUGUUUAUGCCACAUGAGAAGAUACGGAACAUCGUUCAGAAACUGGAUAUGUCUCAAUCAAUCGAGGUUUGUGGAUAUUUCAGUUACAUAUACAGGUUGUAUAAAACUAUACAAUAACAGUUUUAAAAUGUCCAUGACUAAACUGAAAAUUCCGCAACAUUUGUGGCAACUUUAUGUUAGUAUACUAGGUCAGGUAUCUCUGUCACAAAAUUAUUCUGAAAAGUAAAUUUUCGAGUGCAGCAGGGCUGUUUCGCAAAACCACUUUAAGGAUGAUCUGCGCACAAAAAUGUAAGGUUUUAAACGCAAUUUUGAAUUCAAAGGGUUCAAAUUUGGAAGGUUUUUUUAUGAACUAUCAAAGUACUAGAUAAUUUGGUGUACAUUACAUUGCAAAGGAUUGAAGGAUUUUUGUAGAUGGUAGUUUUUAGCGGAAGAUUAUAUACAAUUCUAGACCUAAUCAGGAGCAGCUGUGAAUAAUGCAACUAUAGGUCCUAUGGCAGGAAUCGAACUUGUGGCCCUAUGAUUCUGAUGCAGCGCUCUAACUGACUGAGAUACCGGUACACCCUGUAGUGUUGGAAUAAUUCUUGUUGUGUUAUUACUGUAUUUGCGUCGUGCUACGUUAAUGUCCAGUAUACCAUGUGUUUAGACUUACUGUACGCUGAUUGGCUGAUUAAACUAGCCAGCAGAUUCAACAAUAGACAGCCAAUCAGUGAAGCAAAAAUCUGGCCAACUAGCCAAGGUCAGGCUUACGCCUUUUAGUGUGAACAUAGCUCAUGUCGUUUAUAGCUUCGAAAGAUUAAAGAUUGCAUUUAUUCAUGUACUUAAAUCCUUUGUUUAUUUUAGACACGAUAUCAGGCGCUGGUGAUGUUGUCUCAGAUUCCUCCGUCAGACGUUGUUACCAGUGAACACUGGGGUACCUUGAAGAAAAGCCUUAGUCUUGCACUUGGCGAUGAAGAUGACAGAAUCUCAGUAAGUGUGCUACUUGAUUUUGUUCGGGGUUCGUUGGUCCUCAUCUUACAGUUGGGGGGUUGGGAGGGUGUGAACAUCGCCCAGUGAUAAGAAAAGUGUGAAAGUGACAGUGGGCAAUCGUCACAACUUCAUUAAAGUUUGUAUGUAACUACUUGUUGAUACUGACUAGUGACUGGUGAUUGACAAGGAUAACUGAGCUGUGUAUUAUACUACUGGAGUGUGCCCGGAAGAAAAUUGUUUCGCAAAAAAGUGGCGGUUGCUGACGCAACCACGCCCAAAUUUGAAUGAAAAGAAAAUCAUAUUGUGACUAUAAACUGUUAUGAAUAUAAAUUCCAAUAUUCAAACAAGACAGAGAAGCCGGGAAUAAUUUAACACAAUGCAUACUGUAUAUGAGAUCAUUCCUUAUAAAUUAUUCGUCUCACUCGUUGGCUUUGUUUCCAAAGUUAUGUUCAGCACAAUUGUAAUUAGUUUGCUCUUUGUUCUUCCAAUCUUUUUGUGAAAGUUAGUAAAUAUAUAUACCAGCUGUUUGGUAGGGCAUUCAAAUUUAACAAUAAGUGAUUUGAAUAGUUUUCGGGUUUUUUGGGACACCCUGUACUUCUCAAACUCAUUAAUAAUUCAUGAGCAAAACACAAAGGAAAUCGCCACCAUAUUGUUGUCUUGAUACGAUGCUAAUAAACGUCCAUAAAUUAACUCAACUUUCGUGUUGAAUUUCUCGCUAAAAACAAGUUCGUUUGAGAAGCAAUAUAAAUUGUUUAUUACCGGCGUAUAAAACACGUCAAAGUGUGUGUAAAAAACUCGGCUAGCAUCUCGUUUUUCACACACACUUUUCGGUGUUUGAUACGCCGGUAAGUCCGGUAAUAAACGCUUUCCCGUUUAUUAUGUAUUACAUGAAGUUGCGGUUAUAGUUCGAGUUGGUUAGAGCGCUUCACUGGAAUCGCAGGGCCGCAGGUUCAAUUCCUGCCAGAGGGACUAUAUGUAGUUUUUUCGUAACUGCUCCUGGUUAGGUUUAACAAAUGUAUAAGAAUUAUUCACACUCGAAAUUAACAUCUACAAAACCCUUUAAUGUUUCGACGCCCACAUUUCGACAUUUAAUAGGGAGCUUAAGCAUGUAGGACGGCAACACGACGACGACGGCCGAAACAAAUUCCUUCAAAUAAAUGAUAGUAAAGAAAACUUGUCGUAUAUUAUAAUUCGUAUGAACUUAAUACAGUAUAAGAAGUUGAAAACAUUGGCUUUAUGUUUGGGAAGAGUUGUACUGAACCGAAUUUUAAGUUGCACUUGUUACGGCUUGAAAUGCAGGCGUUGAAUAAAAGACGUGAAAAUACGUGAUUUGCCGUUGUAAAUAGAGCGACGACUACCUCUGAAACUCCCCCGUGACUUCAAUUAUUUCUUUCUUUUCAUUGACUCAUUACAUUAGUUGCCGUCGUCCUGUUUCCGUCCUACAUGCUUAAGCUCCCUAUUAGGGAGUUUACGAAUGUAAGACGGCGACGUCAGGACGACGGCUAUCAAUACAAUAACAUUAAUUCUAUAGUACAAAAGAAAUGAAUAAUUAAAAGUCUAACAGGGGUUUUAGACGUCGUCCAAGCUCUGUUGACAACGGCAAAAUGCAUAUUUUUACGUCUUGUAUAGAACGCUAGAAGUUCAAGCCAUGACAGGUAAUUUUUCUAGCUGAGUUUAUCAACAUUGUUCUGAAGGUUAAAGCUCCGUUUUACUCGUCCAAAUCUAUUUUAAAUUCAUAAGAAAGUAAAUACGAGACAAGAUUUCCAUACAAUCAUUUAUUUCAAACAGUUUGUUUAGCAAGCAGGCCGUGCGUAUUGAAAUUUUUCAGUUGCCCGACGGUCGCAUAAUAGUGGGAUUCUUCCAGCAGCUCGUAGAAAUCCGACUUUGUUAUGUUUAUAAAUAUGACAGCUUACAACGAAUUUUGGGAAUAAAAACGCGGCAAAGAACAAUAAGGAAAAAUUUAGAGAGUUAAAAAGUGGGAAUUAAGCAUGGUCCAAUCCAAGAUUGGGAUAAUAAAUAAAUAAUAAUAAAUAAAUAUAUUUUGCCCUUUUUGAGAAAAAUACAGUUAUCAAAAAUUAGUUCUUAAAUAAUAAAUGGAAUAAUAAAUAUAAAUAGUUAACACACUGUUUAACGGGUAUUGGGCCUGGUAACUAAAUUAACCGUGAGGUUUUCUAGUUAGUUACCAGCCUAUUGAUUUUAAAUUUUAAUUAGAGAUGAAAGAUAAUUUGUUUGACAGAGCCAAAUAAAAUGAGAUUAAAGCGCAUAUUAAUUAACAUGGCUCUAAUUUGUCUCAAAUUGUUUUUUUAAUAAAUAUUUUGGGAUUAGGCUGAAGAUGAAGGGAAAAAUAUGUGCGUGCGCAACACAUGAGAAUGUUACCUAAAAUGUAACUUCAAAUUUUUAGUGACUCAUGCAUGACUAAUGAUUUCUCAAUAUCUAUGCAUGUUAAAAAUGCUAUAUGCGCGACCAGGAUUCAUAUAAGGUUUCUUAAACGUUCUCUGAUCGUAAAAUUUAUUUUAACACCGUCCUAGUAGCUAUAUCCGUAGAAUAGUUUUAUAUUUAGUAUCACUUUACCUGUCGAAGACUGCAGACUGGCAGUCGAAAGCUCGUUAAAAUAAAUUUUACGAUCAGAGAACGUUUCAGAAACCCAUGCAUGUACUGAUUAUAUUAUUUUAGGACAUCAGCCUGAAACUGGUAUCAAAGAUCCAUAUAAUUAACAAUGGUCAUGCCACAUGUGAAGUGUUUACCUGUCUUAGUAAGUAUUUUAUUCUGCUAAACGAUUUUCCCCACUAGAGGGGGGAGUGGAGCAGAUUACGUAAGCUAUCUUUUACCGAUGCGUUAAACAUUUAGAGAUAUGAUAUCAUAAUUUUUUAAGUUGGUUUUAAACUGCAUUAAUGUUAUCGCCUUAAAGUGCAUAUGACAUGAAAUUUCUUAUUUUCUUAAAUGGAAGAACUCUUUAAGCUGUAGUGUAUAAUAAUAAGUUAUAUAAUCAAACAAUAGGGCCAUUUAUACGGAACAGAAUAAGACGUGACUUACAUAAGACGCGACUUAAAUAAGACGCGAGUUUGUCGUAUAAAAGGUACAAAAUUCUUAUGUAAGACGCGUCUUGGAUAAGACGCGUCUUACAUAAGAACAGGCCUUUUAGCUGUUCUUAUCUAAGUCGCGUCUUAAAUAAGAAAUUUUGGACAAAAAGUUUAACUACACAUGCCAGAAACUUGAAACAACGUAAAAUUAUUAGCCUUGCAUAUUAAAAAAAAACAACCGAAACAACAUUAUAGCUAUAGCAAGUAAAUAAGAAUAAAGCCCUAGAGAACCAUUUAUGCGAUAACUCCGCUUAUUUAAGUCGCGUCUUAUGUAAGUCGCGUCUUAUUUUGUCUCGUAUAAAUGGCCCUAAUGUCUAUUCAUUGAAAUUUCUUCCUUUGCAUGGGUAUGUGAUUACAACUUUGAGGUUGUACACGUGAUAGUACAUAAAUGAGUAAAACAUACAUUACAGUAUAGGAAACUAUGAUAAUCAAACCAAAUAUAUUCCGUGGCAGAAAAUAAUAAACUCACAGUGACUCAAAAGGUUCAGUAAAAUUACUUAAAAAGACCAAAUUACUCAAUUUGUUUGAGUAAAGUUUUAAAUCUACUCAUUUUUUUAGUAAAAUUUACUUUAGUAAAAAAAAUGAGUAAAUUUGCUCAUAAAUUUGAGUAAUUUCACCCAAUAUUUUGAGUCGCUAUGUUUAUUAUGUUUCAAAAUUUUUGGCAGUGUACAAUAUUUCGCGACGUAUCCACCUUUAAUGCGUCGAUUAACAUUUUAUGUAAAAAUGAGAUUAGUUUAGUGAAUUAGCAUUCAACAUUUUUGUUUUGAUUACAGCUCAUCACCUAAUGCAUAUUUUCCAAGAAAAUGAGCAUGCACAAGCGCAGCUUGAUGACGGACUAAACGUGGCGAACAAAAACAAUCAAAGGAUCGUGAAGAAAGUAUGUCACAACAAAAUAUGUUAUACGAAAAUCAGUAUAGUUGCAGCUACAAAGCAUAUCGGAUGAACGGUAGGCUUGCUCUAAGUCUCUCUGUUUCGUCCCUCUAUAUUGCACCUAAUAUGACGUUACAUGGUACAACACAAUGAGACCAACACAUCCAGACAUGCGCAGAGUUAUAUAGAGAGAGAUGCAUUAUGGUGCGUAUGUCCCGUGAACUUUUAUAAAUUGGUACUAAAAUCCCAGUGCAAAUCACGAUUGUCAAGUGGGCAAAUUAUUCGAUUUUUUAAUUAUUCAAAUCUUAAUUAAAUGCUUAUGGGUAAAACAUGACAUGUUGCCUUAAAACUGUCUGUACCAGUGUGGGUAGUACCAAUGUAAAGUUGCUGUGCUGAGUGGUUAUAUUACUACCUGAAGAAAAAUAGCAGAAACUCGACGUUUCGAGCGAAGGCCCUUCGUCAAGAGUUAGUUUGCUGCUACUAACUCUUGACGAAGGGCCUUCGCUCGAAACGUCGAGUUUCUGCUUGUUUUCUUCAGGUAGUAAUAUAUUAACCACUCAGCACAGCAUGUUGCCUUAGCACAUGUAAAUUCCACAAGAAAUACUGCAUUAAAACAACAGUUGACAGUCCCAUCAAGUAUCUAGACGUGUACCCAAGCUGCACCAGUUCACUGAGCUGCACUGAUGAGGCGUAGAACGCCGAAAUAUGCAUGUCUGUAGUCUGAUUGUACUAUUAUAGGGAGAUGCGUAGCAUCACGGGGCGAUUCUGACCGCGAUUGUUACAGUCGACUUCGCAAGUUCGCUGCGAAGUUCAAAUUAAAGUUCAUACUGAAAUUUUUAAGCCGGUUUGUAAACAAAGCCUUUGAUUGGUCCUUUAAAAGAAGCCAAUCAAAUGCUUACUUUUCAAACCUGAAUAUGAUUAUGAACUGUUGAACUUCGGAACAAAGUUCGGAAUAUUUUGGCAAAGGUUAUAUGAAAUCGACUGUAAUAACCCCGUGCAUGUGGGUUAUAUUGAGGGUGUAGGAAGCAUAAAAAGAUCGGGAGGGCAACGUACAAUUAACGUUUUAAACAGUGCUUCCACUUUGACUAAAUUAAAUAUCUUGAUUUUGACGGGCUGCAUCAUGAGGCAGAGAGCUCAAACGAGUGAGCGUUAUAGCAAAAAAUCAUUUUACCUACUUUUUCACUGACACUGUCAAAGUUUCCAGAUACGAUGUCAUUCGAUGAAUGUUUGGAGCCAAAUGACAUCAUGCAUAUUAAACGUCUAUAGUAAAAAAGCUUAUCAAGAUAAAGUUUUUCCUAUAAAGAUAUAUGAAAUUUCUUCUUAGAAUGACUCAAAUAUUUUAUACAGGGUGUAUAAAAAAAGUGAACAGAUAUGAAUUUGCUCUCAAUAUUAGUAUCCAGUUUUUGAUGUAUAUAGUUUCCUUGGGUACUUAUGACGUAGAAUAAUGAAAAAAAAAUCUGGAACUCAAAUUUAGUGAACCAGGGGGUGUGUCUUUUCCAACAAACUAAAAAUGGCUUGCGCACGAAAUUUUAAAGCUUUAAUCAUAUUUUGAGUUAAUAGAUGGAAAAUUUGUUGGGCUUUUAAUUACUGUACAAAAUUUAAGACAAUUUGCUUUAGUUUAAACCACUGAGCUAUACUAUAUUACUGGAGGACGUGCUCGGCAUCAAAAAGUGUCCGCAAAAACAUGGCGGAUUUCGGCCUUUGCUGACGCCAGAAUGACGCCAUAUGGUUCCUCCGGCUCAUGGUAAUUACCACUGACCAGGCUCAAUUUUGAGCCCGCUAGGACUUUCACACCCCCCUGGUUCUUAUUAAAAUAUUUUUGCUUGUUGAAGUAUUUGCAGUAUAUUAUUCUCGUAGUUUUUGAUUUUUUCAUAUUUUUUGUACCUUUGACCACUGUUUCAAAUGUGUGCAAGUCGUACACAUUAUAUUCUCGUCCUCAAAAGACAGAAAACCUCGAAAUACAUCCGCAAAGACGAUAUUUGAAGCCGCAACUACAGGUAAAAUAUUUCUCAGUUCAUAACUUCACACACUCGAGCAAAUUUUCUACAAAAAUUGUUGGGUUUAACUGUGGUACAAUGUAUUAUAUUUUAGCCACAAGCAUGUAAAGGUCUCUAAAGCCUUGUUGUACAAAGUAAUCAACUUUCGUUUCAUUUAAAUCGUGAGCAAAAUGGUAUUUUGAUCUAUUGUUUACAUGCUCUAUUUGUUGCAUAUUUUAUGAUGUUUUGAAUAAGCCUGCAGUUUGUAUUUCAUGAUACUAUUUUGAAAAUUUAUAAUUUUCUGUAGGUGGCACGAAACUGGGCAUUUUACAAAUAUCAAAUUAUCUUAAUUUGACCCUGGGACUGAUUUUAUAAUGACAUGAAAGUGCAGUAUAAUGUGCUACCAGUACCACUAUAUUUUGAGGGAAUAACAAAGAGAAUUUAUAGUAUUUUAUAUUUUGUACUAAAGGAAGCUCAUUCUGCUGUCAGAGUACCUUAAGGAGUUUUGAAUUACUAUGAUUGUAGUUCUUGUGUGGGGGUUCUAGUUAGUGCAAGAUGAUGCAACCACUGUAGCUACAAUCUCGUACCAAGAGCAAUGCCUGUGCACGGGCUAGGAUGGCAUUGGCUGUGGGGAAAUUGAAAUUUUCCUGUGCUGUGAUUGGUUAACGUUUAUGAAUCGUGCAUGCCGACAAAGAACCCCUAAAUUUUCCCCAGAGCCAAUGCCAUCCUAGCCCGCGCACAGGCAUUGCUCUGGGUACGAGAUUGCUGUAGCUAAGUCUAAGACAAAUAAACCUCGACGUUUCAGCUGAAGAGCUUGGGGCCUUUAUAUUUGUUCAUAUUUUUUUAGCUUUUGGUGUACAUACACAUAGGAUUGUGGUUUCUGUAACUUCUAAUAGUUUCUUGAUAAAUAUAAUUCUGAAAAAACAAUGUAUUUUUAAGGGGUCACUCAACUUGCCAACAAAGUUCGAGCAUCGUCUGAAAACCUAGUAUAUUUCGUUUGUAUUCCUCCUUUUCCCUUGAUAUGAUUUCUCAUGCUUUUUCUCUUUUAGAAUAACCUAUAUAAUCUAUUCUUGUUUAUUGCAGAAUUAUUUACCACCACAAUGAUGCAGUUGAAAUUGUAUUAUUUUAAUUUAAAUUCUUCAAUGAAUAAUUAUUAACUACCAAACACCAAUGAGUCAUUCCAGAAAAGAUAAACACUAACUCCACAGAAAGAAAUUGUGCUGUCUGAAGUGGGCAGAACUCAACUGCUGAUAAUAGUAAAAGUAUUAGCUAAGGGUGUCCAAAAGUUGGAGGAAGCUGAACCUCCCAUCUCUUCCAUUAGGGGUGUGGAUAUUUUCUUGAAUGACCCAAUCAGUUUCAACUAACUGUAUAAUCAAGUUAUUCUCGUAUAAUUAUCACUUUGUAGUCCCAUGAGCUGUAACAUCACUUUGGCUGUUUGGCAUGUUUAUCUCUUUUCAAUUUUCUUUUGGUAGCAAUAACAGAUUACUACUACAGAUACUGUAUUACUACACAUUGUUACACCCAAAUAACAUCAUACACAUCAAUGUUAACUAUCAUGAUACAAUACAUCUGUUACAGCAAGAACAUUUUUGCUUCAGUUCUUGUAUAUCAUAUCACUUUGAUGCCUGUAAUAGAAAUGAGAAAUAAAGUUACUUUGUUUAUGAUUGUUUUAUUCUAUGGUGUGAAACUGUUUCAUGUACAUUUCAAAAUUAAUUGCAAUGGGUGCAUACUGUAGGUUCUGGCCAGUUAGCUCAGACCACUACCCCUACUUUGCAAGUUACACUUGUGUCUCGAUUGGAACUGUUAGCUCUGGUGCACCACUAAUCUUGUAUAAAUCUGAAUUAACCCAUUAAGCGCCAUCGCUCUCCCCAAUUGAUGAGUAAAAUUAUCUGGUGUUAAGGCGGUUCCAGUCCUCGCACGAAGCUCCUCGCAACUCGCUGCGAGCACUUGCAUCUAAUUAAAAUUAACUGUUUAGCAUUCAAUCUCGUUCCCAGAGUAUGCCUGUUCGCGGGCCACUACCUAACCCGCGAACAGGCAUACUCUGGGAACGAGAUUGUUUAGCAUUGUGAUUGGAUGAAAGUGCUCAUGCAUGCACUUGCAGCGAGCUGCGAGGAGCUUCGUGCGAGGACUGGAAAUCCACCUUAAGACAGAGUAAAAUAAUCUGGCGUUAGACAGAGUAAAGUGAUAAAGUAGGGCGCAUCAGGGUGCAAUGCGACUCAUAACUAGACACAUAGGCUAGUUAUUAACCCAUUAAGCACCAGCACUCUCUACUUGAUAAGUAAAAUCAUCUGCCAUCAGACAGAGUAAAAAAUAAAGUAGGGCGCAAUGCGACUCAAUAGGUUAACCUCUAAGGGACCUAAAUACUGUAAUUAAAUAAAUAUGGCUUUCUUGUCUAAACAUAAAUCAAGACUCCCAUGAUAGAGGUAUUUUCUGAGUGAAGGAGGUUUUUUGUUUGGAGAUUUUUAUGAGGCAUAGAGGUUGACCUAUACUAGCAUUCAAGGUAAUGCUACUAUAAAUGCCAAUGCAAGAAUAAUAUAAGUAUAAAUCAUGCAAAUUUGGGUAUGAACAAGUCGAUGUCUCGAUGAUAGCUCGAUGCUGACUGAAAUGUAGUGCACAACCCCAGAAGAAAAGCCUAACUACACAGCCAAUUGGUAAAUGCUGAUACAAAACCUAGCAAGUAGCAAGACUAGCAGUUUAUAAUAUUUGUGAAGGAUACAAUACAGCUUGUUUAUACUAUAUAUAAUCUAGUGCUAACUGCUCUUUAUGAAACAAAAGCAAACUACAGAUUACAUGAGCCGCUAUUUAAACUAAUAAACUGGCACUAAAAACAAAAGCCGGUGCCUGAAACUAGAAACAAAAUGUAUGAACACAAUGUAUAAAUAACCAUGCAGAACGUUUUUUAUGUCUGCUCCAGAAAUAUUGGUGUAAAUAUAAAAUAUAAGUGUUUGACAAAUACAUAUUUAUACCUCGAUUUUAUACGCAUAUGCAUAUCGGCCCCUGACUUUGCCAAUCGAGAAUUAGUCGAAUAAAAGGUAAAAACUUAAAAUUUUCACAAAUCUUACCUUUCAGAAGAAAUAUUCUUCCUUUUAAAGUCUUUACAGCGAAUUUUUGCAUCCACAAGCGGAGAAAAACGGCAUGAUUUUGUCUUGAAAACAUAAAAUAUUUGUGCAAAAACAGGGGGGCGAAGGUCUUUGUUGGAUGCUUAGGAUCGCGGUUGGUCAGUGGUAAAUGCCAUGAGCCGGAGGAACCAUAUGGCGUCAGCAAACGUGAAAAUCCGCCAUGUUUUUGCGGACACUUUUUUGACUGACGAGAGAUAGGAGCACCUCCUCCAGUAAUAUUAUAGCUCAGUGGUUUAAACUCUUUAACUAUUCACGCAAACUUAGAUUUUUUCCUAAAAAUCAGCUAUUUGCAUGCUUAAUUAAUGCCUUUGCCUAAUUUGCAUUAUAUGCUUGCGAUGUUACUCUGAGUGCAUAUCCACACCGGGCGAGCUUGAAAAAUAUGCCCGGCCACGGUGGGAUUCGAACCUACGACCUUUGGAAUACUGGCCCAAUGCUCUUCCAACUGAGCUACGCGGUCAGGACGGUUCGAGUAAGUGAUAUUUCGGAACAGUAUCUAGUUCCUUCAAUACCAAUGUGUUCUAGUAAUAUGAAUUUUAUUUUUGUGUUGGUGUUGUGUACUCAGGUGAAUAAUAUGCUUGCGAUGUUACUCUGAGUGCAUAUCCACACCGGGCGAGCUUGAAAAAUAUGCCCGGCCACGGUGGGAUUCGAACCUACGACCUUUGGAAUACUAGCCCAAUGCUCUUCCAACUGAGCUACGCGGUCAGGACGGUUCGAGUAAGUGAUAUUUCGGAACAGUAUCUAGUUCCUUCAAUACCACUGUGUUCUAGUAAUAUGAAUUUUAUUUCUGUGUUGGUGUUGUGUACUCAGGUGAAUAAUAUGCUUGCGAUAUUACUCUGAGCAUUGGGCUAGUAUUCCAAAGGUCGUAGGUUCGAAUCCCACCGUGGCCGGGCAUAUUUUUCAAGCUCGCCCGGUGUGGAUAUGCACUCAGAGUAACAUCGCAAGCAUAUUAUUCACCUGAGUACACAACACCAACACAGAAAUAAAAUUCAUAUUACUAGAACACAUUGGUAUUGAAGGAACUAGAUACUGUUCCGAAAUAUUACUUACUCGAACCGUCCUGACCGCGUAGCUCAGCUGGAAGAGCAUUGGGCUAGUAUUCCAAAGGUCGUAGGUUCGAAUCCCACCGUGGCCGGGCAUAUUUUUCAAGCUCGCCCGGUGUGGAUAUGCACUCAGAGUAACAUCGCAAGCAUAUUAUUCACCUGAGUACACAACACCAACACAGAAAUAUAACUUGCAUUAGUCGGCAAUAUGCAAAUUAGGUAAAUGCAUUAAUUAAGCAUGCGAAAAACUGAUUUUGUCUGAAAAAUUGUCUGAAAAGAGCAAUAGAGCAACAAAAUAAAGCAAAUUGUCUGAAAUUUUGUACAGUAAUUAAAAACCUAACAUAUUUCCAUCUAUUAACUCAAAAUAUGAUUAAAGCUUUUAAAUUUUGUGCACAAGUCAUUUUUAGUUUGUUGAAAAAGACACUCCCCCCCCUGGUUCACAAAAUUUGAGUUCGAGAAAUUUUUUUCAUUCUACAUUAUAAGUACCCAAAGAAGGAGAGCAAUUUCAAAUCUGUUCAGUUUUUUUUAUACACCCUGUAUUUAGAAUGACUCAAAUAUUAUUUUAUCUAAAUAAUUUAUUUUAUAGUUUCGGCUACUUUGUGAAUUCCUGCAUGAAAUUCCAUCAUACUGGGUUAGAUAUCCUGAAAGGUAAGUAACCCCACUAUUUUCUAAGACAAUGUCAAUGAAUUAUGAAUUUGUAUUUAAAUGUUUAAGGUUUUGAUGUUUUGCAUUUGUUGUAACCACAGCGUAUUAUAUAAGCCAACAAAUAAGGCAACCUCGUUCCCAGGGUCUCUCCUUCUGUCCUCAGUACGAGGUUGCAAAUAAGAAGUAAUGGAAGGAGUACAACACUACAUACAUAUUGUACAAUUAUUGCAACAUCUUCAGAGUAGGCCGAAGGCAAGGUGAUUGUCGGGAAAUAUUCACCGAGAAGAAGUCAAGGUGAAUAUUUCCCGAUAAUCACCGAGCCUGAGGCGAAUAAUUGUUUUAGUAUUUUUACACAAGUCUUUUGUGUUUUUUGGGACUGAAUUUAUUUUAAUUCCGCUUAUUUCUUUAUCAGUAACUUCCACAAAACGGCUUGCCACCAAUUUGCAAAUUUCGGUUUUGUUCUUUUGUUAUAUUCACUUGUAGUUGAAUAUAACAGCUUUUAAGCCGUCCAAAUUUGACGUAUUAAAAUACGUCGAAUUUGACCAAUCAACUUGUAUGAUUUGUUAUAUUCACUUGUACAAAAAUAUUAAAGAUAGAUAUUUAAUAAAAUUUUUCCCUUUCAGCAUCAAAAUUCCCGCACAUAUUUCCUUACGGUUUCAUGAUCCACGAGACUUAUCCACUUGUAUGCUGCAUUUUAUGAAAUCGCACUAUUUUCGUAAUUUUGGACAUUUUUCGUAUCUUAAGGAGUUAAGGCGGUUUUCCACUAGGCGAAAUGUUUCGAUCGAACCGAAAUUUCUAUUGUUCAAAUUCAAAAAAAUUCUGUUUAGUUCCAUCUGAGUGCUUGUAAGACAAAAGAAAAUUUCGAUUGCCAUUGACCCAGUUGUCUGAAACUGCUUUUCUUCUAGAUUUGUCGAAGAUAUUCUGGAAAGCUCAUUAGCACUGUUGAGCUUAGGAAACAGCCAUUUUGGUCUUUCUUCGUUCAAUGCCAUUAUAUCUCCACUGCAUUAUUUGGCUAUCUUGGAUCCCAAGGCUUCUUGGUUUAAGAAAUGGAUGGUAAGCAGGUUGAUAAGCAUGAAUUAAGUUGAUAAUUUUGGGGUUUUAACUGAGUCAGAUUUUUUUUAUUUUUGACGAAGUCUACGAAGAUUUUCAGAGUGAUAUGCCCCUUGGUUUAAAGCCAGGUCGCCAUCAUCUUAGUUUUAUUUAGGUUUAAACACUCUUAGUGAACGUACAAAAUUUAGAAAUUCCACACCGAAAACAGGUUUUACUGCGCAUGCGUGUAUCACCAAAUGACACCACAAUAAUUAGAGGUGAAUGAUUUCUAUAUAGUGUGAAUGCCAAUUAAACAUUUAACGUGAAAGCUUCAAACGGGGACCUAUAUAUAUGCUUCAAACAUUGCUUCGAACAUUGUUUGAUCAAUUUUUGUUGGGCUUUGAUGGCCCAUACCACAUAUCACGGAUUUACAGAGUAAAAUCCAGUGCUUCCACAUUAAAAUUUUCAACAUCCAUAUAUGACACCUAGAAUUUCCAAAUAUUUAACAAAAAUUCCAUAAGUUAUGAAUCCCAAAAUAUCACACUUUAUGCCACGCAUGUUCCAGGGGCAAAUUUUAAACUUGCGAUAAGAAAGGAUGAGAUUGAUAGAAUAACUCUUUAUGGAGGUCACGGACAUUGUCCGACCCAUUCAUCAAAUUGUCCGACGUAGAGAGGAAACCACCGGACAUUCUGUCCGGCCUAAGUGACACUGAGGUUUAUUGUUUGUCCGACCCGAGUGUAUUGGUGUCCGACCGAACUGUAGCUUUCUCUGACGCUUUCUCCACGCACGUAAAUCAAAAUGUACCCUAGUCCAGGACCAGAGUUUGUAUAAAAAUGAACCGAAAAUGUUGCGGGGCGGCGAGUGAAAUGGUGAGGUGGAAAACGGGCUUAAGUUAUCGAAGUCGUACUGCUAUCAUUGGAAAGCAAGUUAAUUUUGGCUUGGAAAUAAGUAUGAAUGACACAAAUGAUUUAAUAUCUUCACAACAUUUAGUUCAGAAUGAAUACAUUAUGCUGAUAUUAAUUUCCGACCCAAACUGAACUGAAGUGAUCGGACAUAUGUCCGACCCAAACUCAAAGUCAUCGGACAUUUUGUCAGACGGCCCUGGAAAAGAUAUUUUAAGGCCGGCUUAUAUUUUUCAGGUAGUUGCAUCCAGCAUCCCUACAAACGAAAGCUUGUUUAUAUUAUUGGUACCAGCCAACUCUGGCACAGAAAGAUUGAUAGAACAUGUAGAGCACAAAUGUAGACAGAUCUAGGAAGCACUAGUAACUUUUCAUCGAAAAUUGGAUUAACUGGUCACCGGUUAAUACCAGCUAUUUCUUGUAAAUAUGCUGAUCGGUCUUUUUUUCCAAUUUAAAUAAAGUCAUUAUUAACUGGACUUUUAACACAUAUUUUAGUACAAUUUACAAUAUUUUCGAAUACUGAAAUUUCCAUAGAAUUUCAUUAUUUUUCCAGUUCCAUUUCACUUCAAAAAUUCCAUAAAAUAUGGAAAUUCCCAUAGAAGUGGAGGCACUGGUAAAAUCAAUAAAUGCUAUACAGAGAUCUCAAACUCAUGCUUUAUAUUGCAAACUUAUUGCCAACCAUAUUGAAUACAAUCACAAAAAGUUACUCCAAUAAUUUCCCACCACGUUUAGACGAAACAACGUCUUCACAACGAAAGACACGUGUGUAGUGACUACAUUUAUUAUAAUUUUCCUUCUUCAUGUCAUGCACCAGAUGUUUUGCCAUUGACAUAAAUGAAAAACCUUACCAUGUAAUAGCUUCAUUUUAUAUUAAGGUGGCUCGCCACACUUUUUUAAAAAUUAAAGAUUUUUUGAUUUGAAUAUGAUUUUCUGGAGAAUUAUUAUUUGUUUAAAAACAAAGAGUGUCUGACUGGUAUAACACAAUAACUAAGGAGUUCAAAAUUUUUAAAAAAUAUUCCUAAAUGCCGUUGCUAUGGCAACAAUGACGUCACAACAUGGCGUCACACACAAAAAUUCCGAACUCUUUAGUUAUUGUGUUAUGCCAGUCAGAUACUCUUCGUUUUUAAACAAGUAAUAAUUGUCCAGAAAAUAAUAUGCAAGUCUGAAAAUCUUUAAUUUAAAAAGUGUAGGGAGCCACCUUAAGUAAUUUUACAGUAUAUAUAACACUGCAUGUAAAUCACGAGAAUAUCUCAUUCCUAACACCAGCCUUCACCCAGGGAUGGCAUCUUGUAUUUUAAUAACUUGUUAUGUAAACACGAGAAUAUCUCAUUCCUAACACCAACCUUCACGGCUUCACCCUACUGAUUGAAAGACAAUAAAUGGAAGUUGGCCUCUUCCGUACAUGCCUACAAUCAUACAAAGCUUAUUUUAUCACUAACAAUAUUUUAGCAUGGAUAUUACAGUCGAAAAUCUGUUGUCGAGCAACUCAAGCGUCAUCCAAGCUUG